UGUCACCGCGCGAGGGGACGCGGCCGGGCCGCCCUCACACAGCGCUGCUCCUGCGGGGACACCGCGGAACGGCACAGGGGAAGGUCUGCGUGCGUGAUAUUCUGAAAAAAAGGGAGACAGCGGUGUUGUGGGGGUGUUGGUUUUGGGGUUUUUUUUUUGGUCCUCGUCUGUUUGGAUUUCUUUCUAAACUUAUGAAAAAUGGCAACAGCAGCAUAUGUGGACCAUUUUGCGGCAGAGUGCCUUGUUUCCAUGUCAAGUCGUGCUGUUAUCCACAGUCCCAGAGGGGAGCCUGAUCCCCAACCUGGUGAAGCAAUAUUUCCUCCAUCCAAUGGAGAAGAUAAGCGGGAAGUCAGAGAAGCCGGGAAGGACAAUGGACCCUCGUUACUGGUGGUAGCCAGCAUUUUAGCAGACCUGAACCAGCAUGUCCCAAACUCACCUGCGCUGAGGAUGGAAAACACGGAGAGCCUUGAUAGAACAGAACAAAUACACAUUUCCAUUGCUCCUAAGGAGUUUGGGGAAGAAAGUGUGUCUUCGGCUGGUAAGCAUGGAGGAGAGCGAGCAGCCACACCUACCAGCCUGGCUGCAGUCACUGAGCCAAGCCCCAGACAAAAGAACAAACGCAUAAGAAGCUGGACUGACCCUGGAUCACCCCAGAAAAAGCACAAAUGCCACUAUGUGGGGUGUGAAAAAGUUUAUGGCAAAUCUUCCCAUCUUAAAGCUCAUCUAAGGACCCACACAGGUGAGCGGCCCUUCGAGUGCAGCUGGCCGGGCUGCACGAAGAAGUUCGCCCGCUCGGACGAGCUGGCGCGGCACCACCGCACCCACACGGGCGAGAAGCGGUUCCGCUGCCCCCUGUGCGAGAAGCGCUUCAUGCGCAGCGACCACCUGACGAAGCACGCGCGGCGCCACGCCAACUUCCAGCCGGGAAUGCUGCGGGGCCGGGCGGGCAGCGGCUCCAGGGCCGGCUCCCUCAGUGACCACAGCCGCUCGGACGCCUCCAGCCCCACGCUGAGCCCCGCCAGCUCCCCGUAGCCCGCCCCGCUGCCCACGGCACCGCGCCUCCGACGCCCAGGGGACUUCGGCUUGUGUUGCACACCUUUGGAAAACUGUUGUUUCCCUCCCCUACGCCCCCUUCUUAAAAAAAUCAGUAAAUAGCUUCCUCCCACUGCAAUUUCUAGUCAAAUUUGCUUUACCCGACCACACGAGUGGCUAUUCUAACCUCAUGGACAGACAAACUUACAUGUUACACUUAGUGACUCCUGCUGUCUCAAUAUGUCAUAUAUUUUGCAACCAUUUAUGGAUCCUCUUCAUUCUUUAUAAGAAAAUGAGAAAAAAUAAAAAAAAAAGGCAAAAAGCCCCACAAUUCACCUCAGGUGUCAAAGUAGUUUAUAAGACGGGAUUGCACAACAUGAGCGUACAUACAAAUGAACUGUGUUGGAUUUGUGUCCCCCUUCUCCUUUCUCAGGGAUGGAUAUUUAUGUUACACAAUAAUUACAAUGAAGACACACCCUAACCACGGCCUUACUCUGUAAAUAUAAUUGCACUCAGAAGAUUUUGUUAGGUUCUUUCACACAUUGGGAAAAAAAAACAAACGAUACGGAAACCAAACCAAUACUGGAAUGUAGUACCAGACUCGUCCAUUGUUUGUUUUCCUCAUUAUAUACCUAUGUUGGGGAGUGUCUAAACAGAAGUCCUGUCUUUCUUCAAGCUGCCCACUGCUUUUGAUGGCAAGCCGUCUUUUCACUUCAUGCUGAAGAUGCUCCAAAACCAACUUUCUAUUGCAAAAAUCUCUGGGAGGUUGAUAAACUUGUUUGUUGGUUUGUUUCAUGCUAGAUAAAAUUCUGAGAAAAACAUUUAAACAAGAUGCCUUAAAAGUAAGUAACCUAAAUCACGAAGAAACAUAUUUACACUGGGUAACAUUUUCUUGCAAGGUGGCCUGGAGUCUCAGAGGCUUUCUGUCGUCACACUCUCCAAGUUGUUAAGCUAUCUGCACUGCCUGCUCAGUAUGGGACCAACAGAAUAUUCAAAUCAAACCACACUGACUUGAACAAUUUCCUUUAUUUCUUUCUCUCUUCUUUUUUUUUAAUGAAUUGUGGAAAUAGCAUUACUGAACCAAUGCCCACCAAAACUGUUAUCAAGGUACUUACCUGCUGUACAGCUGUGUCUUAGAAAAACAAAUUGGCUAAGACAUAGUUUCUGUAUUCUGUUGCAUCAAAAUUGUGGUUGCUGAUGAAAGAAGUGAGAAUCAUACUUUUCUGACUGGAAAAGUAAAAUAUGCAUUAAGUUUUAAAUUAAAGUGACUAUAGCUCAGCACUACUACAGGUUUCUCAAAAACACACAUACCAGCAUAAAGCAAGGUGCUCUUAUUUCUGAAUAACUGCUUGAUAACAGAAAGGGAAUAUUGGCUACUUUUCAAUAACUUUCAAAUAUUUGACACUAGAUAGAGCAGAAGGAGGUGGAUUUUUAUGUUUUGUAUGGUAGAAAACAUAGUAAAAGUGCAGGAGCAUUGUGAUGUACUGAAGACCUCACUGGCAGCAAAUACACUUUCUGUGUUUGUCUGGUCUGAUAGUGCAUAUUAUAACUUCAGGUCCUUUUGAUUCUGGAAUUUUGGGGGAUCCUGUUUUUACUGUAGGGUAUAAAUGCAGUUAAGUGUAGGAUGGUGAGAAGAAGCUCUUGAUGCCAAACCUGUCAUUUGAUGUUAAGUGAAUGCUCCCAGAUUCCAAAUGAACCUGUAUCUUACUUGCUGCUUUGCAUUGAUCCAAUUUUGCAAGGUUUUGUUGUACUGUAUGUUAACUGUGAGAGGCUAAUGUAGGUUUCCAAGUAGUUUCAUAGGUACUUCCAUAAUAUUUACAUUAUUCCUGAUACUACACAUUCUAUUAGUUGUAUAGAUAAAUACUUAAAGACAAAGUACAGAUAUUUCAGUAUUUUUUCACAUUCAUUUUCUCCAGAUUUCACCUCUUGGAAAAUCACAAUUUCCCCUUUUGGAUUGGAAGUCGUGCGAGGCAUAAUUCUACUGCUUCAUUUCACAGAAAAAGAGGAUUGCUAGGUUUUUUUGCAAGAUGACAAGUAUUGUUGAGUUUAUAUGAUGGGUUGCCGAACCUCUGUGAGUUAGGGGAAAGCCAGGUCUGUUUGCCUCUACAGAUUUCCUCUGUUCUUAUUUUAUGUUUUUUUAAAAUCUACUGAGAUACACAAUUUUAACAACUUGAUACAAUUCAGGUAACAGGAAUUCACAUUCCAAUCAUUUCUGUGACUGCUGAAAGAGCUCUUCUGCUGUAGUUAGUAAAGAGGCAUUUAAGAUAUCUAGCUCAAGGAAUUCUACAGGUCAGCUGUGUCUUGUGCACAUACUUCAAAACAAGUCAUAAACACAUUUCUCAUUAUUAUACCUUAAUACAGGGAUAUGGAGGGCAGGAGGAACAACCAAAAACAGAAGGAGCACGAAGUAUCAGCAAAAAUUACAGGCUUCGUGUUCCAAAUUCAGUUUGUUAUAUCAUCAUCUUUUCCAACAAGAGCAUCAUUUAAUCUUCAGGAAAGGAGGAACCGCUUCAGUCCAUUUAUUUAGGGCUCAAUAAUUCAGCAGAUGCAUUCCAAACAAGUUGUUUUAAUAAUUGCCCGAAGAAGGAAUAUUUGCACCAGGCUUUAUUAGUGCUGAGAUUGUAGAAUAUAAAGAUUAUGGAACAACCUGUUCUGAGGGACAUAGAACUAUGCAAUCUUUAACUCUAACAGUAAGCUAACAUUUUACAUAUAUUCAUCAUGGAUAUUACUACUAAUUCUCCAAGUUUUAGCAGGAAAAAAUAAAUUGGUUCAAAGUCAAAUUUCCAGUUCAGUCCUUUCAUUUAAUGAGAAGAGUACGGGACUGGAUAUAGCCAACACAGCUACACUUUCAGGAAAUUCUCUGAAAUUGGUCGUUAAAACUUUUUUUCUACAUCUUUGUUGUAAAUUCCUCAGCGUGUGUUAGGGUGACGGUCAAGUUACCGUGUUUUAAAAUCCCAGCUAGAGUUUGAAAGAACUCCAUUAAAUGUUUAAUACAUCAUAGUUUUAGGAUAAAUUAUGAAUUCCAAACCACUAGUAGUUUCCAAAAAUGAAUGUCAACAGAACUUCUCAUAAUAUUUUCAUAUGAAAAAAGAGUGUUUGUUGUUUUCCAGCAUCUGCUAGAAAUGGCUAAUGACCAGUAAGGUCAUUAGACUCCAUUCUCAUGAUGGUUCCUCCUGAGUUUUGCAGAUAGAACAAGUCAAAAUUGUUCAAACAGCUCAAAUUGUGUUUUGAAAUCUGGGUGCUUAUCCAAACUAACCUCAGGUUUUUGCCCUUGUUGUUUGCCCCAGUGGUGUAAUCUAAACCAGUCCUGGCAUAGCAACAGUCACACUCAGGCAGUCCUGCCCUGGCAAGGGGCAGGUUUCCUCACAGUCCUGUGUCUGGAGGGGUGUGCAUCUCUCCUGCCUCCUCUGUUGCCCCAGCAGCCUGCUGAGGUGAGUCCUCACAAACGGCAACACUGCCAUUGUGGGUUUUUUAAUUUUAGUUUCAGACUGCAACAACAAGUUUAUUAUUAUUAAGGAAGCCCUGAAAGUUUGUCUGUUUUUCUCCAGCCACAAUUCUGGCUUUGGCUGGAAGAAUUGAGCUGAACUGCCUUGCUGCAGGAAAUGGGUGCAAGCUAAAAAUCAUCAUUUCACUACCACCAGUCACCUGGAGAUAGAAACUCAGUCGCCCCUUCCAUUAACCUCAUCCUCUGCAAAGGUCCAAUGGCAACAUGAAUUCAGUUUUCAUCUUGCUUCUUAGAAGGCAGUCCUGGGAUACUCCUGGCAGCUAGAUUCUGAGAGAAUUUUUUAUGUCUGCAAAUUAGUUGUUCCUUGCUUUUAUGAUACAUGCAUACUAUCUGUUUACAUAACCACAAAGGUAUAUAUUUAUGACAAGUCAUCAGAAGCCUCUGUUUGAUGGUUAACAUCUAAUUCCUGUAUGUAUCCUCUUCUCUAUUGCAUUAACCCUUGCAAUAAUGGUAGCUGUGAGAGCCUUGAAAGCCUCAGUCCCCUCUCUGCAGACGUUCAGUGCUUUCCCUGUUUCAUGCAUCUGGGCAUUAAAGGCCGUGUGAGGAGCUCACCUGUUUGUAGCUAUUCCCAUUCACAACUGCCUUUCUCCAGGUCUUUGUCAUGAGCUACAGAAUUUGUACUUUGUGAAGUGCAUUGUUGUUUUGGAGAACAUGGUUUGUGAAGAAUAAGGAAAAUCAACUCUACAUGCUUAAAUCUUGCUUUUUCAUUGCCAUUUGAUUUACUAAUUUCAUCAGGUAAUGCCUAGAAACUAACUUGCAGGUGCUCUUUUACUCCAUCACACCAUGUGUUUGUGCAUUGGGUGCUAACAUAGUCUGUGUCAGUGAAUGGUUGAUGAACAUGUGUAUUUGUAACUCCUUUGGGGAUAAAGCUAAAGCCUUAGGCAGAAGAAAGCAACCAAAUUAUACCUGUUUAUCCCAUAAACCAGAAUAUAGAAUGCAAAAGCCCAUUCACUGGUAUAGGUGUUUUUAUAUAUAUAUAUAUUUAUAUAUAUAGAUUUAUAUAAGCAU